CUGUAACGGCCCAUGUCACGGUCACAGUGAAGAGCCAAGUUAUUACCAGUAGUACCCUCCACGUAUACCACCACCACCUCCAAACUUACCCCUUUCUCCUCUCUCUCUGUCUUUCUCAGAUUGUUCUAGUCCUUCCUUGGUGGGCAAAACCCUAGAUGGCCUAAAAAGCAAUAGGACCAAUUUCACCGCCCAGUCCUCACCACCCUCACUGAUUCCUCUGGUGCAAACCCUUCUGAAUUUAUUCUCUCCAACCCACACCAGUCUAAUUGUUAUCUUUCUUAAUUUCAAAUCACCACUUCGCCAUAGUCAUGGACGCUCAGAGAGCUCUGCUAGAUGAACUUAUGGGCGCAGCUCGUAACUUGACGGAGGAAGAGAGAAAGGGGUACAAGGAAAUUACUUGGGAUGAUAAGGAGGUCUGUGGAGCCUAUAUGGUUCGAUUUUGUCCUCACGAUCUGUUCAUCAAUACCCGAAGUGAUCUAGGCCCCUGCCCUAAAAUUCAUGACCCAAAGUUGAAAGAAAGUUUUGAGGAGUCCCCAAGGCAUGAUGCAUAUGUGCCCAAGUUUGAAGCUGAACUAGCUCAGUUUUGUGAGAAAUUGGUGAUGGAUUUAGAUAGAAGAGUAAAGCGUGGGCGAGAACGCCUUGCUCAGGAGGUUGAACCUGCACCGGCACCUCCACUGUCAGCAGAAAAGUCUGAACAGUUAUCUGUUCUGGAGGAAAAGAUAAAGAACUUGCUGGAACAAGUUGAGACCCUUGGUGAAGCUGGAAAGGUGGAUGAAGCUGAAGCACUCAUGAGAAAGGUGGAUAUGCUUAAUUCUGAGAAGACAGCCUUGGCUCAACACCCUCAGAAUGAUAAAGUGUUGAUGCUUGCACAGGAGAAAAAAAUGGCACUCUGCGAGAUAUGUGGUUCAUUUCUUGUGGCCAAUGAUGCUUUAGAGAGGACUCAGUCUCAUGUUACAGGGAAGCAGCAUAUUGGUUAUGGCAUGGUCCGAGAUUUUAUCACUGAGUACAAGGAAACUAAGGAGAAGGCAAGAGAAGAAGAAAGGUUAGCAAGGGAGAAAGAAGCAGAAGAACGGAGGAAACAGAGGGAGAAGGAAAAUGAGAGUAGAAGGAGAAGUAAUUCAAGUGAUAGGGACAGGUAUCGUGAUAGGGAUCGUGACAGGGAGCGGGACAGAUAUCGAGAACGCGAUUCAGAUCGUGAAAGGUCUAGAGAGUGGAAUGGCAGAGGUAGUCGGGAUGGAGGGAGAGGGGCGGAUUGGAGGUCCAGGAAUGGAAGAGAUGGGGGCAGGGAUAGGUACCGUGAUCGAAGCAGGUCACGUUCCCCUGUUAGACAUAGUCACAGGAGGUCACCUAGAAGUCCAGUUCGCCCAUAUUAAUGAAUUGUGUAGAUAGAUGUCUGAGCUUUGAAAUUUUUUGAGGUAGAUUUUCAUAUCUCUAAGGUUUUAUGAACAUGUUCAUUUGGAGUCUUAAUUAAAUUUUCAUCAUGGGUGAAACUCUUUUGCUAUCUCACAGCUUUGUUGAGACUAUACCAUCUCCCUUUCAUCAAUAUUAUAAGCGGAGAAAAGGGUUGAGGUAGGUAUUAUUCUAAUAUUGUAACUCAUUUUAAAAUUCAUUUUAGACUUGAAUGAGGUAAAUUUAAUUUCUGUAUGAAACUUCUCUGAGACAAUUGUUUUCGGAGUCUCACAUCCCCAUUUGUUGGGAAGUCA